AUGGCUUCAAAGAAACCGGUUAAUCGUCCGUCGGUGAGGCACCCGAGUCACAACCAUCCGCUACGCAUCUUUAAAUCCCAAGAAGGAGAUGAGAUCAUCUGCUCUGGAUGUGAGCUUGACCUGAUAGGACAAGCCUUUAAAUGUACAAAGAAAGACUGUGAUUACUUCUUGCACAAGUCAUGUUUCGACCUACCCGGUGAAACCAAUCACAAGUCUCACUUAAACCACCCUUUGACCCUCCUUCAUUCCCCGCCGUAUGGUCACUCUUACACGUGCGACGCGUGUGGCCAGUAUGGAUCCGGAUUCACUUACAACUGUUCAGAGUGCCAGUAUGAUGUACAUGUCGGAUGUGCCUUUAUCCCCGAGACCGUGGAGCGCGAUGAUCACCACCACCCACUCACUCUAGUCUACAACACACCAUGCAAAGGUCGUGAGGACGGCGCUAUGUUCAUUUGUGAUGUUUGUCAAGAAGAUAUGUCAGAGAAUCUUUGGGUUUAUUAUUGCAAAGAAUGUGAUUAUGGGACACAUGUGCAUUCUUGCAUGGUUUAUGAAGAUCAUGAGCCAAAGAGAGGAGGAGAAGGAAGAGGAGGAGGAGUAGGAGGAGAGUCGAGCUCGGCGGCUGAAAGGAUGAAGUCGUUGAUGAAGGCUCAAGAUGAGAUGGCGGCGUUGCAGCUCGAGGCACGUAUUAGGAAGAAUACUAAUGAUGCUAUACUUGAGUUAUGGGAUGAACCAAAGCGGAAAUACUAUUAUUGGUGAUUGAAUCUAUAAAUGAUCAAUUUGAUGCAUUGAUGAAGGGGCCCCUUGAUGAAGCUUGUAAUUGUUAUUUCUACUGGAGUUACGUUUAUUCGUGUGAAUUGUUGCAAUAACUUUUUAAAAUGUUACUUUUAAUGCAAAAUAAAAUGAAAUAAGGUGAUUGAUCUUUGACCAUAUGAAGAAGGAAAGAAUAUGUUUU